CAAAACAUAAGAUUUUUUUCAUCUCAGCUGCCACACCCCUCAGGCCCUCACCCGCUUUUGCUUCAUCAAUCAAAUACCAAAUUUGGAGUUGUUCAAGCUUUAAUUUUCUUUCCUCUCCACUUGUUGUUCACAAGUAUUUUUACCUUUCUCUUUAAGUUGCUAUAACCUUAGACAUUGAAGCAAUUGUCUUAUUUAUUUAUUUAUGUAGAUUGGUUUUCAUUGGUUUAAGGUGAGCAACGGUGAUUCCAUUUAAAUUCAGAGUGAAGUUCUGUGAACUCGACAACAAGGUAAGUUGCGAUUCUUGGAGACUUUGGUCCUGAAAAUGAUGAGAAAUAGUUGUUAUAGUGCAGAGUCAAGAAGUCAAGUCUUUCUACUGGUAUCAAUUGCUACAAAAGCUAAUGUGAACAUUUCCUUUUUCUUCACCUUUCUUUUCCCUAAUAAGUCCAAACCCUUCUUAUACGUUUGGUUCCACAUGUUUCUUUUUGAGUCUUCCCUCACAGCACCUAAUAUACGUUUCUCAACAACUUUUCCAAAUCCGCUGUGCUUUUAAACACAAGUGAUGUGAACAACUGAGUUCAUAAUCUAAUCUUCCUCUUCUUCAGAUAAGAUAUUGAUUUUUUAAUCAGUAGUUUCGAUAUGGCUAUCACUUCAUUUGUAAGCUUCCUUCUAUCUCUUCUUCUGAUCUUAGUUCAGGCAAAGGGAAACAAUGAUUCAACUUGUCCAAAGUCCUUUGCAUGUGGAAAUUUUACUGACUUGAGCUUUCCUUUCUAUCUUUCUACACAACCUGACUGUGGAAUUAUUUCUAUGUCUGGUUGUGAUGCUAAACCAUUUCCGAAAAUCCGACUGCUUCCUGAAGAAGAUUGGUACUAUGCUUUACAGAUUAUUGAUUCAUCUGUUUGGCUUGGGGACCCGAAGCUUGAAACCACAUUGAGGCAACACAAGUGCCAGACUUUUAACAAAAAUUUCUCCCUUCCAAACUCUCCUUCUAUUUAUUUCCAUAUGAUUAACAGUAACAACUUCUUCAAAUGCAACACUACCAGUAAUAAUCCCCUAAACGUUACUCGGAAGAAGAAAGAUCGUUUUGCUGGUUAUAAUAUGUACAAUGGCUGUGAAGGCUUUAGCAUAUACUACAAGCUUUCCCGAGAUGGUGAUGAAUACAUAGGAGCAGACAAUCUUCCUACCAACUGUACACUUAUCAGAUUGCCAAUUCAGUCAAGUCAUGGUGGUUUGUUCGACUGGUUAGGUCCCGAAAUUCUAGUAGAAUGGAAACUGUCUGAUGACUGUUACCAAUGUCACUAUGGUGGAGGUCAAUGCCAGACUGAUAAAACCAACAAAUUUUAUUGUCAGAAAGAUGAAAAAUCAACUACAAGUAGUAGCGAUGAAAGAAAAGAAACAACUGGAAGCAAUAUGGUGGAGUGGAUUCUGCGCACAGGUGCAGUUUUGUUUACAGUUGGACUGUUGGUUUUACUCUUCUACUUCAGAGAAAAGAUUUUGUGCUACAAAUACCUCAGGUUUUGGGAAUCUAAUGCUGAGGAUCACAAAAAAGUUGAAGCUUUCUUAGAGAACUAUGGGUCAUACGCUCCAAAGAGAUACAAUUAUACAGACAUCAAAAGAAUCACCGGUCGCUUCAGAAGCAAACUAGGCCAAGGAGGAUUUGGUAAUGUAUACAGAGGAAAUUUGCGUAACGGGAGCCACGUGGCAGUGAAGGUCCUGAAUGAACUAAAAGGAACUGGUGAAGAUUUCAUUAACGAGGUGGCAAGUAUUAGCAGGACAUCACAUGUUAACAUAGUGAGCCUUGUGGGAUUUUGUUUUGAGGGUCGCAAAAGAGCUCUUGUAUAUGAAUUCAUGCCAAAUGGAUCUCUUGAAAAGUUUAUCUAUGAGGAAAGAUCUGAAAAAAUUCGCCAAUUGGGUUGGCCAAUAUUGUACAAAAUCGCACUAGGCAUUGCUCGAGGAUUGGAGUACUUGCAUCGUGGUUGUACCACUAGAAUUUUGCAUUUUGAUAUAAAGCCUCAUAAUAUCCUGCUCGAUGAAGAUUUUUGUCCUAAGAUCUCCGACUUUGGUCUUGCCAAAAUGUGCAUGAAAAAGGAGAGCAUUGUGUCAAUGUUAGGUCCACGUGGGACUAUUGGUUAUAUUGCUCCAGAAAUCGUUUGCAGAAACUUGGGAGGUGUCUCUCACAAGUCUGAUGUCUAUAGCUACGGAAUGAUGGUCCUAGAGAUGGUUGGAGGAAGAAAAAAUGUUGAUGUUGGAGUUGAUCGCACAAGUGAAAUCUACUUUCCACAUUGGCUCUAUCAACGUAUUGAACUAGACGAAGAGCUUCAAUUAACCGGGAUAAUGAAUGAAGAGGAGAAAGAAUGUGCAAGAAAGAUGGUAAUGGUGAGCUUAUGGUGCAUACAAACUGAUCCCUCAAAUCGACCAUCCAUGAGUAAGGUUGGGGAAAUGUUAGAAGGGAACCUAGUCUCUUUGCCAAUUCCUCCCAAACCUUACCUUUAUUCUCCAUCAAGAACAGAGGGAGAUUCAUCAGCAGUAGAACUGACCUGGUCUUUGUUUGUUGAUAUGUAAGCUAUCAUUUGUGUAGUCUCAUUUUUUUUAUAUAAUUUUCCUCAAUGUACUUGUAUGUUCUUGAGUGUGGGAAGCAAUAAAUUCAUGUUUUUCUUAAUAACAUCGCUAAAAGAUCAGUGAUUUGCCUGGGGAAUUUCAUUACUGCUGCAUUUGAUAUAAUUGG